UCAUCUGAUUGGAUCACACCCCUCUCCCUCUCUCUCUCUUCUGUCUACUCUCUCUCUCUCUCUCUCCUUUUGAAGAAGUUUAUAAGGGAGACUCUGAAAUAAUACCUGAUGAAGGUGAAGGUUAGAGAAAGAAGAGAGAGAAAGUAAGUUUCUCUAGCUGAUGAAAAAAAAAAAGCUGAAAGUUUAAAGCUAAAAGAAAGCUGUUGUUAAACCGAAAGAAGAGCCUUUUUAUUAUUUUCCUUUCCUCUCAUGUUGUAGCUAGCUUUCUUCUCUCAUCACCCCACUUCUGCCCUUAUAUUAAAGCCCUCACAGUGAGUGAUUAUUGCUUUGGUGGGUUAGUCUCUCAACCUCAUUCAAUCAAUAACAAAUUAGCAUAUACAAGAUAAACAACCCAUCCAAUCCAUCUAUGUUCAACAACAACAACCCCUCUUCCACACUCCCUCCUCCCGACCCUUUCUCUUCCUCCGAUAAUGGAAGUAAUAGCAAGAGAAAACGACGACCAGCCGGAACUCCAGAUCCGGAUGCAGAAGUGGUUUCGCUUUCACCCAAGACGUUAUUGGAAUCGGAUAGAUAUGUGUGUGAGAUCUGCAACCAAGGAUUUCAGAGAGACCAGAACCUGCAGAUGCACCGGCGGAGGCACAAGGUGCCUUGGAAGCUGCUGAAGAGGGAGACGCCGGUGGCCAGGAAGCGAGUGUUCGUGUGCCCGGAGCCCAGCUGCUUGCACCAUGAUCCUUGCCACGCACUCGGCGAUCUAGUGGGUAUCAAGAAGCACUUCAGAAGGAAGCACAGCAAUCACAAGCAAUGGGUUUGUGAGAAAUGCUCAAAAGGGUAUGCUGUUCAAUCGGAUUACAAGGCUCAUCUCAAAACCUGUGGUACCAGAGGCCAUUCUUGUGACUGUGGCCGUGUUUUCUCAAGGGUGGAGAGUUUCAUAGAGCACCAAGAUGCUUGCAACAUGGGGCGGCUCGGGUCCGAGCCACAGUCACUGCAUCAGCCGGCUUGUUUGUCCCGGCAGGCGUCGAGCCCGAGCCCGUCCAGUGACACCAAUUUCAGCACAGCUCCUUGGCCUGGUUUGGUAAUGCCAAAACCCAAAGAUAACACCAUAUUCAUCACCCCAGAUGGAGAGAGUAAUUCUUCAAAGAGCUUGCAUCACCACAACUUAGAGCUUCAGCUUUUAACCACAUCCAAUCCACGUGACUCUUCAUCACUUUCCCCCAAAGCGGACGAAAACCACUCUACCCAGUUGCAGCUCUCAAUAGGGUCGUCUGAUUUCGGCGAGAAAAACGACCCGGACAUCGCCAAAUUCAGCAACAACACAGGCUGCAGGAGCUCUCUAAGGGAAAGUACUAUUAGUACUAAUGAGAAGCCUACGUUUGCUGCCUCUAGACUCAGAGAACAAGCGCGAGAACAACUGAGGAUGGCCAUGGCAGAGAAGGCGUAUGCGGAGGAGGCUAGACGGCAAGUGAAGAGACAGAUUGAGUUAGCUGAGCAAGAAUUUGCUAAUGCCAAGAGAAUAAGGCAACAAGCACAGUCCGAGCUAGACAAAGCUCGGGCUCUAAAAGAGCAUGCCAUCAAACAAAUCAAUUCUAUACUUGUUCAAAUCACUUGUCAUGCUUGUCAACAACAAUUUCAAGCAAGGACAGCAAUGGCACCUCCGGAUGAGAACUCGUUGGCAUUGAGUUACAUGUCAUCUGCCAUAACAGAAGGCGAAGUCGAGCACGAUGAUCGAACUGAUCAUAAUCAAUAUCACCACACAAAAUUUGCUCACCUGUAGAUCUUGAUGUCUCUUCAUAUAUUCAUGUCAAUGUUACCUUUUCUUUUCAUUUUAAAAAAAGAAAAAGAAAAAAAAAGAUGGAUCUAUCAACAUACCUAGAAAUGGCCUAUUAGGUGUUGUUGUGGUUAGUUAAUUCAGGCAUGUUAACGUUGAUUAAUGGAGUGUUGUAUCAGCCAAUUGGUGUGUGUUGUUAUUUGUUCACUAAAAUUGGUAAAUGGUGACUAUAUAAUAUGAUGGUUUUGGUUGAUAGUA